AUGGACUCUCCAGCGUGGCAAACAGAAGAGAUGACAAUCACCAAAUUCCAUGAACUACUCCGUAUAGACCCCUCCGUCGGUCCGGAGCUGGUGAACAAAUAUCUCUCCGCAAUCAAGCAACACGACGGGGCCCUCAAAUCCCUCAUCGUAAUAAACAGCGCAGCCCUAGAGACCGCUAUAGAAAAAGCCGCCGAAACACUCACAUUCAACCAAACCAACAAGUCAUAUCCACCAUUACACAGCGUGCCCAUAAUCCUAAAAGACAACUACAGCACAUCAGAUCUACCAACAAGCGCAGGCGUUCAAGCCCUCAAAAACCUACAAACAAAAGAAGACAGCGAAGUCGUCUCCAAGCUACGCGCCGCAGGAGCAAUAAUCCUAGCAAAAGCCAACCUCCACGAAUUCGCUUUACAAGGAAUAACCCUCUCCUCGCUCGGCGGACAAACGCUGAACCCAUACGACAAGACCCGCACACCAGGCGGAUCCUCCGGCGGGACAGGCGCAGCGCUAGCGGCGAAUUUCGGGCUCGCGGGGUGCGGGACAGACACAAUGAACUCGCUGCGAUCACCUGCGUCUGCGUGUGGGAUUGUGGGGUUCAGACCGUCCACGGGGAGGGUAUCCUGUGCUGGGAUUGUACCUGUUUCGCGGACGCAGGAUGUUGCUGGGCCGAUGGGGAGGAGUGUUGGGGAUGUGAGGAUUAUGUAUGAGGUUAUGAAGGGGCCGGAUGGGGGAGAGGUAGGGUCUUUGGAGGUGGUGCCUGAACGGAUACGGAGCGGUCGUCAAGUUCGAAUUGGAAUUUUAGAGGAUUAUUUCCAGCCUGAAGCUCAUGGAGAUGGAAGUGCGGAAUCGGAGUAUAUCGCUGAGAACCAGAUCGUGCAGGAUAUUAUCCGGUCGAGUUUGGAUUCGAUAUGUGAACAAGAUGUGAAUAUUACCUUGGUAUCUAUCGACCCAUCUAGUCACCCGGACUGGAGUUAUGGAGCCAUGUUUGCGAAGGGGGAUACACAGGCUUUUGAAUUCAAGCACUGUCUCGACGAAUUCCUGCAGUCGCCAUUUGUUUCGUCGACACCGCACCGAUCACUGAAAUCUAUUUCCCAGAGCGGCGAGAUUGAUCAACAAGCCAUGACGCAUGUUUUCUCUGCAGCGCUGGAAGAUCCCGAGACAUUUUCAUUGACGAGCGAGGCAUAUCGAAGUCGGCUAGAGUAUAUUUCUGCUCUCAAACAGUCUGUAAAGCAAUGUUUCGAUAGAUAUGAUAUCGACGUGCUGGUAUAUCCACACCAGAGACAGCUCCCUGUGAAGAUCGGCGCGAAGAUGCAGUUGGGGCGGAAUGGUGUUUUGGCUGCGUUGACGGGGAGGCCUGCUAUCUGCAUUCCCGCUGGGCGGAGCCCUACGACUGCGUCUGCUGUGCUUGGUGUUCCUGUUGGAUUGGAGCUAAUGGGUCGGCGUUGGGGGGAUGAUGAAUUGCUUGAUAUUGCAGAGCGGGCUGAGAGGAUUCUUAAGGGUAGAGCGGUACCUGCUCUAUAUUGA